AUCCAUGGCUUGUGUAAGAAAUGAUUAGUCCUUCCAUCUAGAGAAAUAGCUCCUUUUUAAACAGUUGUCUCUUUUAAACAGUGUUUAGUAUUUAAGUGAGGUUGAAACAGUGUCAAAAGGAGAGUGAAAGUGAAAUUCUCUCCUUCAGCAUAAAAGCUGAUCCACAAACGGCAGAGCACCAGACCUCCUCUUGGCUUCAAGAUGGCUUCGUCACACCAAGAGCCCAAACCUGGAGACCUGAUUGAGAUUUUCCGCCUUGGCUACGAGCACUGGGCCCUGUAUAUAGGAGAUGGCUACGUGAUCCAUCUGGCUCCUCCAAGUGAGUACCCCGGGGCUGGCUCCUCCAGUGUCUUCUCAGUCCUGAGCAACAGUGCAGAGGUGAAACGGGAGCGCCUGGAAGAUGUGGUGGGAGGCUGUUGCUAUCGGGUCAACAACAGCUUGGACCAUGAGUACCAACCACGGCCCGUGGAGGUGAUCAUCAGUUCUGCGAAGGAGAUGGUUGGUCAGAAGAUGAAGUACAGUAUUGUGAGCAGGAACUGUGAGCACUUUGUCACCCAGCUGAGAUAUGGCAAGUCCCGCUGUAAACAGGUGGAAAAGGCCAAGGUUGAAGUCGGUGUGGCCACGGCACUUGGAAUCCUGGUUAUUGCUGGAUGCUCUUUUGUGAUUAGGAGACACCAAAAAAAAGCGACAGCCUGAAGCAGCCACAAAAUCCUGUGUUAGAAGCAGCUGUGGGGGUCCCAGUGGAGAUGAGCCUCCCCCACGCCUCCAGCAGCCUGACCCUCGUGCCCUGUCUCAGGCGUUCUCUAGAUCCUUUCCUCUGUUUCCCUCUCUCGCUGGCAAAAGUAUGAUCUAAUUGAAACAAGACUGAAGGAUCAAUAAACAGCCAUCUGCCCCUUCAGAAAGGACUUCUACCAUGUUUUUAUAGACUUCUGAAUCACAAAGGAGGAAAGUAACAUUGAGUGAACACUCACUGGGUAGUUCCAGCAAUUUCUAGCCGGGUGACUUUAGAGAAGGCUCUUGAUUCUCAGAACCUCAGUUCUUCCAUGUCAGGUGAUGUCAGGAGGAUCACCUACGAUAAUGCAUACAUGACACCCAGCACUAUGUCUGAUAUGUAACAGAUGUUCAAGGAAUUGUCUUCAUCAUUCUACACAGACAUAACAGCGACAUAAUUGCAUGUCAUUAAUUUUACUCUCAGGGAGGCGAAAAAAACUUAAUUACCUCCCGGUAUCGUCUCAUGUGGUGCUUAAAUCCCCUCACAACACCUACACAUCUACCAGCAUCUUCCCAGUUACCUUCCUCAGUUGGCCCUCUUUUUAGAAAGUUUUUUUUUUUUUAGCUCAAAGGUCUGAGUUCUCACCCACCUGUGACUACUAGAUGGAGUAAUAUUCUUUCCAUGCCCAGAUUGCCAUGGCUCAAGCUGGUCCUGGGUGGAAUGCUGAGAAUUAGCUACCUCUAAAUCUCCCUCCACUACUUCCAGCAUGCCCUGGGUAUGGCUCCAGAGGUGCCCAGGUCCCCAUGUUUCUGUGCUUCCUCACUCCAGCCUCUGCCACCAGUGACCCUACUCAGUGGCCACUUCCAUGGUGGUCACUGCGGCCACCACCACUCUGGCUUCAGGACUGAGGACAUCACCCUCCCCUGGGUUGUACUUUUUCAUGCGUGAGCAAGCUGGUUGGUCCCUUAAUUCCCUAACACAGUGGAGACCAGGCUGUAAUGAUUAACGACACUUCCCUGGAAGCUCAGGGCUAUUGGAAGGUUGAAGAACAAAGAGAAUAACUUAUCAUUGCUACAAUUAGAGGGGGCUCUGCUCAGAUUCCUGGCUGAAAUACCAGGCUCCAUUUGGGGAUUGCAGAAGCAUCCAUGCCUGCCUUGCUCCAGGGCUACCUCCACAGCAGAGGGCCCAGCUGCUCUACCCAGAGUCCAGGCCUAAAAGGCAGAAGGCCCAGCAAGAGAAGAAGGCUUUCUCACUUCUUGUGAUCUAAGGCUCACCUCCCCAGACUUCAUUACCUGUCCAGGAUCAAUUGUUCCAGGGUGCUGGAAAAUGGGAGCAUCCAGGCCCUUCCAAGGUGUGCUUGACCUCCAUGACUAGGUCAGAUCCCCAUUAGGAGUCUCAGGUGUCCAUGUGUCUGCACUUCAUGUGAUUCUCACAGUUGCAAUGAACACUGAUCCAUGUGGUUAUUUUACUAAUGUGCCUUUCCCUGCCAGUAUUUUGGGGGCAGUCCAAGUUUGGUACCAUUGGGACUCUAGCAUCAAGCACAAUGCUUAACUUACUAUAACCACUCGAUAGAUGAUGGAUUACAAGCAUGCACCUGUAAUCCCAGCUACUUGGGAGGCUGUGGCAGGAGGAUUACUUGAGCCCAAGAGUUUGAGAUCAGCUUGGGCAACAUAGUGAGACCCCAUCUCUCAAAAAGGAAAAAAAGAUAGUGGUUUACUUAAUUAAUAAAUUUAUUAACUGAUAUGUAGAAAAACAGGGCCAGGCACAGGGGCACACACCUGUAAUCCCAGUACUUUGGGAGACCAAAGGAGGAUCUCUUGAGCCCAGGAGUUCAAGACCAGCCUAGGCAACAUAGUAAGACCCUGUCUCUACAAAAAAAUAAAAAUUAAAAAUAAAAAAAGAUUAGCCAGGUGUGGUGGUGCAUGACAGAGCAGGAGCAUCGCCAUCUUGGACAAAUACCAACAUUCUAUGUUCCUCUUGAUUAAAAACUGCCUAAAUCCAGCCCCAGAACGUCAGUCCCAGAGCAUCAGGGCAUUUCCCUAUGCUGGGAAACCAACUCCCAGCAUAACCAGAAACAUUCCAACCCUAAGAUAAAACCCUUUCCAACCAGAAACAUGCCAACCCCAAGAUAGCCUCCCCUCUGACGAGAGACAUUCUAACCCUACAAUAAACUUUCCCUCACAUAGAAACAUUCCGAACCUACAAUGAUCUUCCCACUUCCUAAACUCUUAAAUAUCCUUAGUCUGUUAGAACACUCCUGACCAAAAUCAACCAGAAGCCCUUCUCAGG